CCCCGAGUUUAUCGGGGUUUUGGGGGGGCCCCGGUUUGGGGGGGCUCAGUUCGUCCUCAGCGCAGGACAACGCCCCCCAUGGCCGCUCUGCUGCGCUGCCCCGUCCUGGCCCGGCACCCGCGGCUGCUGCGGGCGCUGAGCACGGCCCCGCCCCGCCCCCACCCCGGUGACCCCCCCGAGGGGUCCCCGUGCCCGUUUUUGGGGGCGCAGGGGGGGGAGGGGCCGCCCCUGGUGCUGCGCGCGGCCCCGGAGCUGCAGGAGGACGUGGCCCCCCCCGAGGAGGAGCCGCUGGAUUGGCUGCUGGAUUUGGGGGACCCCCCCGAGGAGCCCCCCGAGAGGCGGCUGGAGGAGAACCUGCCCGAGGACGCCUUCCCGUACGAGGCGGUUUUGGGGGCGCGCCUGGCGGGGCUGCGCCGCUCCCACACGUACCGCGAGUUCACGGCGCUGGCGCGGCGGGCGCGGCACCCCCCGAGCGCCUUUUUGGGGUCCCCCCCGCGCCUGGUGCAGCUCUGGUGCUCCAACGAUUACCUGGGCAUGAGCCGGCACCCCGAGGUGCUGCGGGCAGCCAGGGCAGCGCUGGCGGCUCACGGGCUGGGCGCGGGCGGCACCCGGAACAUCGCGGGCACGGCACCCCUUCACGGGGCGCUGGAGGCGGCUCUGGCGCGGCUGCACCGAAAGCGCCGCGCGCUCCUCUUCUCCUCCUGCUUCGCCGCCAACGACACCGCGCUGGCCACGCUGGCACGGCUGCUGCCCGGCUGCCACUUCUUCUCGGACGCGGGAAACCACGCCUCGAUGGUGCAGGGCAUCCUGCGCAGCGGCGCCCCCAAACACAUCUUCCGCCACAACGACCCCCAGCACCUGGACGAGCUUUUGGGGCGCAGCCCCCCCGGGGUCCCCAAAAUCGUCGCCUUCGAAUCCGUUCACUCCAUGGACGGCUCCAUCGCGCCGCUGGCCGAGCUCUGUGACGUGGCGCACGCCCACGGCGCCCUCACCUUCGUGGACGAGGUUCACGCCGUGGGGCUCUACGGGCCCCGGGGCGGCGGCAUCGCCGAGCGGGACGGGGUCAGCGGCAAGGUGGACGUGGUGUCCGGGACCCUCGGGAAGGCGCUGGGGGCCGUGGGGGGCUACAUCGCCGGGGGGGCGGCGCUGGUGGACGCCGUCCGCUCCUUCGGGCCCGGCUUCAUCUUCACCACGGCGCUGCCGCCCGCCGUGCUCGGGGGGGCUCUGGCGGCGCUGCGCGUUUUGGGGGGUCCCGAGGGGGGGGCCCUGCGCCGCUCCCACCAGCGCAACGCCAAACACCUGCGGGUGCUGCUGCGGGACCGCGGCGUGCCCGCGCUGCCCGCGCCCAGCCACAUCGUGCCCGUGCCCGUUGGGGACGCGCGGGCGGCCACGCGGCUGAGCCGGGCCCUGCUGGAGCGGGGGCUCUUCGUCCAGGCCAUCAACCCCCCCACGGUGCCCAGGGGGGGGGGACUGCUGCGCAUCGCCCCCACCCCCCAGCACAGCCCCCAGAUGAUGGAGAACCUGGCGGACCAGCUGUCCGAGUGUUGGGGGGCGCUGGGGCUGCCCCGGGACUCCCCCCUGGGCCCCUCCUGCGCCUCCUGCCAGCGGCCGCUGCACCUCUCGCUGAUGAGCGCCUGGGAGCGGCAGCACUUCCAGCCGGGGGGGGUCCCCGCCACCGCCUGAGCCCCCCGAAACAGCCCCCAGAGUGCUGAUACAGCCCCCCAAAAAACAGCCCCCAGAGUGCUGAUACAGCCCCC